UAACGAGCAGACAUGGAAGCAACAACAAGCAGCAGCGACAGUAAACCAGAGGAACAGCAGCCGACAGACGAGGGGGCGGACGGGGACGGGGACGGGGACAGGUCCAUGUCGAGGUCUGACAGUGGGAGCGGAGACGACUCCCUGGAUGGGAUCACAAACCGUGUCCCGCGGUGCCCUUUGACUCCGUCUCUAUCACCACAAACACGGACCACGAGCCGGUCUAAGACCGAGCCCCCUCUGCUGAGGACCAACAAACGGACCAUCUACACAGCCGGCAGACCACCGUGGUACAACGUCACCGGGACCACCUUCAAAGAGGCGUUUGUCAUCG